AAGAGGGCGUGGUAGGGCCACAGCCAGGAGUCGGUAAAGCUCCUCAGCACACAGUCUGGAGACUUCAGCUGUUGGCCGAGCGGACCUGGCCAGGCUGCCCGGGUCUUCACUGACCAGUAGCAGCCUUUCUGCCGCUCUUUUGGGGGAGAAAACAAAGCUUUCGGACAGUAACGCUCAUGUGUACUUAACCACUCGUUUAUAUGUGGGCAUCAGGACGGGAGGACCGAGCGAUGUCUGCACCGGGUUUCACAAACCUGAACAGCUCCAGCAGCUCCAGCCAGGACUCAACCCCGAACGGUGGAGCUGCACCCCUCUACCAGAAUGGUCCAGCACAGACGUACCCAUACAUGCACACACCUUCAGGCUACUAUGGAGCCCCACCUCAACAGCAGAGCUACCCCACCAUCCCUGCCCACUCCACUCCUGCUCCAAACAAAGCGCCCAUUAUGAACCGUUCCCACAGUGCUAACUACUACCAGAACAACCAGCAGCAUCCCCUUCCUCAGCAUCAUGUAGCAUCUUCUGCAUACAGUGCUCCCCCAAGCUCUGCCCCUCCUUCUCAGCCAUAUACAACCCUCCACUAUUCAGCACCUCCACCAUCAAAUGCCCAGUUCAACCAACAGUCAUUCCAGCAGCAGAAUCCACCCUAUGCCACUCCAGGAUCUUACUGUGGACAGCAGUCAUACCAUACUCCCCCAGCACAGCACUCUCAACAACAACAGCAGCAGCCUAGUUUGGUUCCUGCACCAGCUGGUGGACCUGGAGCUCCCCUCUACCCCAUUGUAUCGUACCCAUCUGCACCACGAAGUAGCCAUUACGGCACCCUCAGUUCAUACCAGAGUGCCUCCACACUUGGAGUCUUGCCCACCCAGACAGGCGCACCCCUGCAUCAGUACAGCACCCCUCGGUCAGCCUCUACACAACCUGGGCACAGCGUAGCUCCCUCCAGUCAACCGACAGUGAAUGGAAGCACAGCAGCUCAGGCCAUAGUCCCUCGACAUUACGACCAAAGUCAUCAGGCUUCUCUGAGCUAUGACUCCUACAGCGGGGCCUCUCACAGCAGUGGUGGUGCAGAUGCAGACCGACCGCCCUCAGGAACCCCCUCCGCUUCAGUCCAUUCCUCGCCGGGCCACCACCAAGAGUUUGAGAAAGGGGCCUGUCAUUUGACCUUUAUAGUCUGCUACUUAUUCCCACCUCACCCCCCCCCCCCCCCCCCCCCACCCGAUGGAUAUGUUGCUAAUAGUGGAGCUAGCUCUGGCUCUGUCACCGCCUCGGGUCCAGCAGCAGCGCCCUCUUCAUCCAGCUCUGAUGACGAUGACGAUGAGGAGGAGGAUGAGGAAGCAGGUGGUGAUACUUCCUCUUCCACUACUGGUAGCGCCUCCCCGGUGCUCAACAGCUUUGACUCCCUCGAAGGGGGCAGCUUUCCAGAUUCCCUGCCACCUUCUAGUGAUAUGACCAACCAGGCUCAACCCUACAGUAGCUACAGUUACCCCAGCAUGCAGCCAGCCUAUCAGCAGAGACCGUCCUCCCACACAGAGUCCUCCCCCUCUCACAACCAGUACGGCCAGCCAGGCUACCAACAGUACUCCCAGCCAUUCCCGAGCUUGUCCCAACUGUCUGCGGCCCUGGGGGGGCUGAGCGGGGUGCCAGAGCUGGAGGUGGAGGCUCUGAGGCCGGUCAACCUGCUGCAGGAGAGGAACUUGCUGCCCCCCAGACCCCUGGAGGCUCCUGAACCCAACCUCAGCCCUGAUCUGAAGAAGGUCAACUGCAGUCCACAGACAUUCAGGUGUACCCUGAGCAGCAUCCCCCAGACUCAGGCUCUGCUCAACAAGGCCCGGCUCCCCCUGGGCCUCCUCCUCCACCCCUUCAGAGACUUACAGCAGUUACCAGUGAUCACAUCGAACACAAUCGUGCGCUGUCGCUCCUGUCGCACCUACAUCAAUCCAUUUAUCACCUUCCUGGACCAGCGCAGGUGGAAGUGUAACCUCUGCUACCGGGUCAAUGAUGUUCCAGAUGAAUUUAUGUACAACCCAGUCACCAGGUCGUAUGGUGAGCCCCACAAAAGACCAGAAGUCCAAAACGCCACUGUGGAGUUCAUCGCCUCCUCAGACUACAUGCUGCGGCCUCCACAGCCGGCAGUCUACCUGUUUGUGCUCGACGUGUCUCACAAUGCUGUUGAAGCUGGCUACCUGAAGUUCUUCUGUGAAUCCCUUCUGGAGAACCUGGACAAGUUGCCUGGAGAUACGCGUACCAGGGUGGGCUUCCUUACCUUUGACAACACCAUCCACUUCUACAACCUCCAGGAAGGACUGUCGCAGCCGCAGAUGCUGGUGGUGUCUGACAUAGAUGAUGUUUUCAUCCCUUCUCAUGACAGUCUGAUGGUGAACCUAAAGGAAAGCAAGGAGCUGGUGCAGGACCUACUGACCUCACUGCCCACCAUGUUCAGUCAGAACAGGGAGACCCACAGCGCCCUGGGCCCGGCAUUACAAGCUGCCUUCAAGCUCAUGUCGCCCACUGGGGGGCGCGUCACAGUGUUCCAGACCCAGCUGCCCUCGCUGGGUGCUGGUAUGCUGCAGUCGAGGGAAGACCCCAACCAGCGCUCGAGCACAAAGGGAGUGCAGCACCUCGGCCCAGCCACAGACUUCUAUAAGAAACUGGCUCUGGACUGCUCAGGACAACAGAUUGGGGUGGACCUUUUCCUGCUCAGCUCUCAGUACGCUGAUCUUGCCUCGCUGGCAUGUAUCUCCAAGUAUUCAGCAGGGAGCAUCUUUUACUACCCAUCCUUUCAUUACAUCCACAACCCGGCACAGCUGGAGAAGUUCCAGAAGGAUCUUGAGCGCUACCUCACCAGGAAGAUUGGCUUCGAGGCCGUCAUGAGAAUACGAUGCACUAAAGGUUUAUCCAUCCAUACGUUCCAUGGGAACUUUUUUGUGCGCUCCACUGACCUGCUGUCCCUGGCCAACGUGAACCCAGACUCUGCCUUCGCUGUCCAGAUGUCAAUCGAAGACUCCCUGGCAGACACAUCUCUGGCCUGCUUCCAGGCUGCUCUGCUCUACACCUCCAGUAAAGGAAAAAGGCGCAUCAGAGUUCACACCCUGUGUCUGCCAGUUGUCAACCAGCUGAGUGAUGUGUAUGCUGGAGCUGAUGUUCAGGCCAUCACUUGUCUGCUGGCCAACAUGGCCAUCGACCGGUCGAUAUCGUCCAGCUUGUCAGAUGCUCGAGAUGCCCUGGUGAACGCAGUGGUGGAUUUGGUGACCGCCUACAAGAGCAGUGUGUCAAACCUGCAGCAGUCCGGCCUCGUCGUCCCCGCUGCCUUGCGCCUCUUUCCCCUGUACAUCCUUGCUCUCCUCAAACAGAAAGCGCUGCGGACAGGCACCAGCACACGGCUGGAUGAGCGGGUCUUUGCCAUGUGUGAGUUUAAGACACAGCCACUGCAGCAGCUGAUGCGAAUAGUUCAUCCUGACCUGUACAGGCUGGACAACAUGUCGGAGCAGGGGGCGCUCCAUCUAAACAACACAGUGGUUCCACAGCCCCCACUGCUCCACCUGUCUGCUGAGAGGCUGAGCAGAGACGGAGCUUUCCUCAUGGACUGUGGCGACGCGUUUUACCUGUGGAUAGGCAAAUGCUGCAACGAGAUGUUCAUCCGAGACGUUCUGGGCUGCCCCAGCUACGCUUCAGUACCCCCUAACAUGAGUCACAUUCCUGAGCUGGAGACUCCUCUGUCUGAGAGAGUGCGAGCGUUCUUCGACUGGCUGCAGGACAACCGAGCUUUCAGCUCUACAAUACACGUUGUCAAGGACGAUGCUUCUGCCAAAGCCACUUUCUUCCAGAACCUGGUGGAGGAUCGAUCUGAGUCGGCUUCUUCAUACAGUGAAUUCCUGCAGCACGUUCAGCUGCAAGUGUCCAAGUAGGGUCCCAUCACACUGAGACACUGAGCCCUCAGACCAGAGCCAGGAGGGAUUUCAGCUGUGUAGUGAAAACUAGCAUUAGCCAAUGAUGGAGACCCAUCGCUCCCUCAGUUUUAACGUGGUGACACAUCCACCCUCGAAGCUCGUUGAUUUGACCAUCAGAAACGGAGGAGGGGAUAGUUUUAGACUUGCAGGAAUAAAUACAUGAAUGAAUUAACAGGGAUUUGCUACAUGUGAAAAUGAAUUAUGGAA